AUGGUCCGCCCUAACAAACCAUCUGCCAUCGGGCUGGGUACUACUCUGCCCCAAUCAACUGUCUCUAUCAAUGACAACGUUGUCGAGGCAAGCUUGCCUUCCGGGGAAUCCGUCGCAAUCCACCUGUAUGGCGCCACGGUCACCUCUUGGAAGGCACACGGCCAGGAACAGCUGUUCCUGAGCGAGAAGGCUCACCUGGAUGGCUCCAAACCGAUCCGUGGUGGCAUUCCGCUUGUAUUCCCGGUCUUUGGCCCUCCCCCACAAAACCACCCCACCUCCACACUGCCUCAGCAUGGAUUCGCUCGUAACUCGAACUGGGAGUAUUUGGGCAAGUCUGCCGAAUCGGCCGAUAGCAUAGGAGAGCAGGCCGUGAAGCUGGACUUUGGUCUGUCGCACUCCAUGUUGAGCGAGGAGUUCCGCAAGGCUUGGCCGUAUGGAUUUGGGCUUGUCUACAGUGUCACGUUGACCAAGACUUCGCUACAGACUCAGCUGCAGGUUCGCAAUGAGGGUACCCAGAACUUCCAGUUCCAGGUUCUGAUGCACACAUACCUGAAGAUUGCGGAUAUCUCUGCGAUCCGCGUUAAGAACCUAGAGUCCAAGACUUACGUUGACAAGACCCGCAACGCGACCUCCCACACCGAAACCUCCCCGGCCCUGGCCAUCACCGGAGAAACCGACCGUGUCUACCAGGAUCUCGACCCCUCUGUCCCAAUCAUCGUCUCGACCGACGACCAGCCUCUAUUCUCUAUUACGCGCGAGGCUUUGGCGGACGUUGUGGUAUGGAACCCAUGGACUGAGAAGGCCAAGGGCAUGGCGGACUUCGGCCCGGAUGAGGCCUACAUGAACAUGAUUUGUGUGGAGGCUGGCUCUGUUUCUGGUUGGCAGACUCUCGAGGUGGGCGACUCAUGGGAGGGUGGUCAGACUAUCAAGUCUCGGAUUUGA